ACAGGUUCUGUGGGGCCUGAGCUGGUACACUCAGGGCAGGCUGCUCCAGGGCUCCCGAAGGCCUCGCCUGGAGAUGUGGUCUUUCAGGAUGCACAGGGUGAAUACUCAUGCUGUCAUUGAGGAAGGAGUUUGGAGUGGAUGAGAGGUGACCAGUGACAGGAUGGAGAAAUCUUAGGUGGAGAAGGGACCCUUCCUCUUGUGGUUUGUUGGACUGGUUUCUGGUGAGAGAACUUGGGUUGGACACCCGGACCCUGCAGCCAGAGACCCCUGUUCCUCCCGCUGACCCCUCACUGCAGAGCAGGAGGCUCUGACUGCACUUCCCAGCAAGGAACCAAGGACCAAGAGAAUUGGGGUUACUCUUGUCCCCUCCUGCCCUCCCUGCUGGGCCCUGCUUGGUGGUGUGGACCUGCUGCUGCUGCCCAGCCCGCCCAGGCUCUCGGACAGCACAGGCUUCCAGAAGUGAUAGCUAAUUGGGGAGAGAAAGGGCCCGAUUGUAUGGAGCCGGCAGCUUCGCCCAGCAGCUGCCGCCGGAGAUGUUUGGGGAUUACGUCAGUGCUGGCGGGGCAGGGGCCGAGGGACAGCGCCUCCCGCCUCUGACAAUGCUGUCAUUGUUCGUGCUCCGAGUGGUUAGUCCCCGAUGAAUGCCACACGGGCCUCUUGACCAAGGAGGCCGCUUGCCGCCCCAACUGUCCCCUCACACGCGGAGAGGCCCCCCGGCUGCAGUGCGGUGGGAAGGGCUGGCCUGCCUGGGAGGCUGGGGACCGACUGCAGGGGUCUGUCCUUCAGAGGGGCCACCGGCGGGCAGACAGACAGACAGGCAAGCAGGCCUGAGCCCCGGGAGGCUGCUGCUGCUCCAGACUGUGGGGUGACAUCCUUGCUCAGCAUGGCCUCCUGGUUGGGGGAUGCUGCAGGUCCUGACCCCCUCCUGGUGCUAUUGGUGAUUGUCAUCCUGGUUCGCUUCAUCCUGUGGUCCUGUCUGGGGACCUACUUGGACUACAGGCUGGCUCGGCCCCAGCCCGGAAAACCCAAAGAGGACUAGGCCUUGAGGAGUUAGCCCAGACUCUACUGGGAAGGUUUUAUGCAGUGGGUGGGCAGAUGAAAUGGGCCACCCAUCAUUUACCUGGUGCCAUAGACAAUUAGGCUUGACUCUCACCUGCCCCCAAGUGUCCUUCAGCUGGGGUCAACCCCUCUAGGCUCUUUACCAGACAGGGAGGUACAUGACCCCUAUACCUUUUCCUCCCCCACUGCAGAAACUAGAGGACUGUAGAAGAGACAGAGGUUCAGAAAAGCCCCCAGAACCUGCUCAGACUGACUAAGGCUCUCCCAUGAGAGAGGUCUGUGGCCGGGUUCUGGACCCCUAUGGCAAUUCAUGUCCCAGGGAGGGCGGGGUGUCUGGUCCUCUCCUGCCUCUAAUUCUUUGUAAGAGCCAGGUGAGCCAGAGUUGUAUAUAGGAAGCUGUUAGGAAUCUGUGACCACCCCAGGCCAGCUCUGCCCGGGCUCUCCACUGUUGUAACUAGCCACUGGAAGGUUAGGGAAACCCGCCUCAGGUUCCUAGAGGUGACUCAAGGAAGAUUCAAGGUGGACUUGUGGGACAGGGUUCGAGCCCAGGCCUCCUUGGCCCCGUGACAACUCUUCACCCAUUGGAGCCCGUUUCCCGCCUAUAGGGUGGGUUAUCCUGCCUCAGUGGGUAGCCUUGAAGUCAUGGGGAUAGUGGGCAGGGGCAUCCGUGCAACCUGCAUGAUGCACACACAGAAGGCAUUGUAGAGGAGUCGUCAGACACCCUCUGUGGUUUAGGCACGUGGUAAGAUGGGCUUGGGAAGGGCAGUGAGGUGCCGGGUGCACACCUACAGCAGGGAGGCAGGUAUUGGUAGGGGACAGACCUGAGGUGGGUGACAGACCUGUGCUGGGGGGAAAUAGACCUGAAGCGGAGAACAGACCCGAGUCAGCAAUCCAGCACCUUUCUCUGGCACAUGAGCUCUGGGAGUGUGCGUCUGUGCGGACUCAAGUCACCUGGGUGGCAGCGACUGCUGUGUCCCAGCUCCACCCCACACCAGCUGAGUCCAUUCCUGGGAGAGGUGUCCAGGCAUUGCCCCUUCCGUGGUCCCUCCCUAGAAGAUUCUGGAUCUCAGCUGAGGGAAGGAAGGACUUGUGUUGCAGCUCAGGAAAAAGGGCCGCCCUUGACAGUGUCCUGGGAAGCUGAGGCAGGUGGCGGGCAGCACCUUGCAGGCUCCUGGGAGAGCUGAGGAGGUGUGUGGGACAUGGGGUCCUGGGGUGAGCCGUGUGCUGUGAACACAAAACUCGCAACCUGUGAUGUCCAUGAGUUCCAGAGGGAGCUAAGGGCUUCAGGCAAGAGUAAUCAGGUGCGUGUACAUGCACACAGGUGCCUGCGAAGGCCCGAGGACACCCUCAGGUGCUCUUCUUCAGAAUCCAUCCACCUAAUUUUUUGAGACAGGGUCCGUCCCUGGGACCUGGAGUCUGACAAUUAGGUGAGGCUAUUGGCCAGCGGGCCCCAGGGACCCUGCUGUCUCUGUGUCUUCAGUGCUAGAAUUAAGCAUGAGUCCCCUGGUUUUUUAUACGGUUUUGGGGAUCAAACUCAAGUCCCCAAGCAUGAGCAACAAGUACUUUACGGACUGAGCCAUCCUCCUGGAUAAAAGCAGUUUGAAAUGGCCAUUAAGGGAGUUGCCUGGCUCGU